GCGGUCCCCGGUGUGGUCUUGCUUCCGGGCGGCGGCCCGAUUACCAUGGCUGGCCUGGACAGCGGCCUGACCGUUCCCGUGUGGCUGGCCGAGGAUGACCUGGGUUGCAUCAUCUGCCACGGGCUACUCGCCUGGCCCGUCACGUUGCCCUGCGGCCACAGCUUCUGCCGAGGUUGCUUGAAGCGCCUGUGGGGCGCAGGGCCCUCCUGGUCGUGUCCCACCUGCCGGGAGGGCAGCGCGCAGCCGCUACAGCUGCGCAAGAACACACUGCUGCAAGACCUGGCGAUCAAGUACAGCCGGGCGGUGGGCGAGGAGGAGGGCGCCGCGGGCCAGACCCCGAGCCCCGCCCCCGGACCCGCCCCGCAGCCCCCAGGCCGCGCCGCGCCGCAGUCGGUGACAGCACCAAGGAACAUCACAGAAGUAGGUCAGGAGCUGGCAAAGCUGGCGGAACAGCUUGUAGACAUUGUCAGGAGCCUUCAAAGUCAGACACAGCUCCCAGACUCUGGACCAGACAAUAAACUGAACAUCCCGGGCACGGCAGACCAUUCCUUGGCUUCUCCGAAGCUAGUGGCUUCCGGCACGACGGAGAAAAGAAUGAGAGACAUUCUGCAUGACCUAGAAGAUAUCCGGGGAAAAUUACAGGAGAACUUCCUGGGUAAAGAGUGCCUGGAAGAACAAAGGCAGGUUAAAAUCCUGGAAAGUCCGCCUUCCACCUCAUGCCUACAGACUGACCAGGGCCGCCUUGCAUCCUGUCUUGUUCGGGGGUUCAUCAGUCCAACCUUCGACCUGAGGAGCCUCUCGUGUAGCCUGGAGGUGUCCGAGGAUUGCCGGAAGGUGACAGUGUCUUACUUCCAACAGCCUUAUUCCUGGAGUCGUGACCGGUUCAUGACCUGCCAGGUCUUCUGUUCCCAAGCCUUCUCUUCUGGGCAGCACUACUGGGAAGUGGACACUCAGCACUGCAGUCACUGGGCGGUUGGCGUGGCUUCCUGGGAGAUGAGUCGAGACCAGAUCCUGGGAAGGACCAGGGACUCCUCGUGUCUAGAGUGGAAGGGAACGAGCCAGCUCUCUGUGUGGCACAUGGUCAAGGAAACCGUCCUCGGCUCAGAAAAACCUAAGGUGGUGGGCAUCUAUCUGGACCUUGACCUGGGAAAGCUGGCCUUCUAUUCGGUGGCUGAUCAGGAGAAGCUUCUGUGGGAGUGCACAGUCCCUGCCUCCUCGUCCCUGCACCCUGCCUUCUGGCUGUAUGGUUUACAUCCUGGAAAUUUUCUGACUAUAAGGCCAGUAAGGGCAUAAAGGUUAAAUAAGCACAGGGGUUUCUGGUCCUCUCUCUGUGCCUUCAAGCAGGAUAGCAACUUGACAAGAAUCCCACUCCUGACAUUAAGGGAUGCGCAGUAAAGAGUUAACGCUGCAGGCUUGGGAUGUUCAAUUCUGCACUUUAGAGAAAGGAAGGGCCCUUGACAGGCUCUUGGGAGGCAGUCUCUAAUCCCUUGGAAUAUCCUGCCUGAUAAGAGGUUGUUUACCUGGGGGCCUUGGGCCAGCAGGUAUCACCAGCUUGACCUCCUGAGAGGCUGGAGACCAAGGUCAGCCACCUGGUUGGCGAGGCCUGCCUACCUGACUGCCUUCCUCCACUAGAAGCCCUGGAUGUCACGGCCUGGGUGAGAUUCCCUGGUUGACAGUGCUCCUCGCACGCUGGCACACACUGCUGCUGGGAGAAUGAAGCACUGUUCCUCUGACUCCACUGGGAGAGGAUUUUGCUGUCUCCUAGCUCCUGCCCUAUGUGCCUUUCUUUUUUUUACUACUGGUUUUAAUACGUAUCUUUUCAUUGUAAUAAAUUGUAACCAAAUGUAUAAAGCUUUGCUGAGUUCUGGUGAAUCACUGAACCUGAGAGUCGUUUUAGGGACCCCCAAACACAAGGGACAUGUUAUGGAUCUCUGUGUAAUAAUGUUUGCACAAACACAGUGACUUCAAGCAACAUACAUUUCCUGUCUCAGCUUCAGUGAGUCAGGAGUCAGCCACAACCGAGCUGAGGCCUCUGGGUCAGAGGGUCCCACCAGCUGCAAUCAGGGUGUGAGCUGGGGCCACAGUGUCAUCUGGGGCUCAACUGGGGGCGGAUCUGCUUCCAGUCUCCCGGGGUUGUGGGUGACAUUCACUUUUUCACAGGGCUUCUGUUUCUGGCGAGUAUUGGUUUGAUAUGAUUUUAAAUCCAUUUGUUUAUGACUUAAGUGAAGUUCUCUUAACCCUGUUUAUGGCAAAGACAAAAAAAUGGUUUUAGAAAGAAAGUUGUUUUGAUGUGUAAGAAUGAAGUCGGUUGUGUCAGGAUGCCAUGGUUUCACCUGUGGUUGUUGAUAAGCACUCAGUAGCUUGACUGCUCAGGGGCCCUGCUGGGGGUUUAUUGAUAAGGACAAGUGGAGCAGCAACAACAGCACGACAGCACAAGGACACUUAGACUGCAAACGCUGCCAGUACGCGCCCGUGGGUGGGGCCAAGGCCGGCUUGCUGAAGAAGACUGCUGGCCGUGUGGGAUUGGCUGUGUGUCAGUCUGCACCAGAGGCUAAGAACGUUGCACACAAGGAUUCUGGAGCAAAUCCCUAAAAAUGCAGCAUAUAGGAAGUCUACAGAACAGAUUACAAGUGAGAAGCUGGAUAUGGUUAAAGCAGAACCAGACGUUAAAAAAUUGGAAGACCAACUUCAGGGGGGCCAAAUAGAAGAGGUGUUCUCCAGGCUGAAAAUGGACUAAGUCUGGCGGGAAAAUUGGUACAGUGGAAGCAAUGGGAGCCUUUAGUGGAAGAGCCUCCUGCCAGCCAAGGGCAGUGGCCAAUAUAGUCAUCAUCAGAUGGCUUGUGUGUUGAUGGGAAACUGUGUAAUCAGAUAUUCUGUCACAAAUGUUUCCAUAUUAUUGACAUCUUAUAAUCAAGAAAAUUGAUGCAGAACAUAUUUAGGAGACUUGUCUAAACUGAUGAUUAUGGUAAUAGGCACUCCGAACUAGUUUUUGUUAAAGCAUUCAUUUAAAUUAUUUCAAGAUGAUAUUUUUUUAAAUAGAGGUUCUGGGAAGAUUUGAAAGUUAAUUAGAAAAAUUCCUGUAUAUUGCAAUGGAGAGGCCAUGUUCAAAAAGGGAAAUAUUUUUAGUAGUAUCUUCAACACAUUUAAUUGUUUUUUAUUCUGAAGGAAUCAGAAGAGGAACUUAUUAUUGCUUAAACAAACUGUGUAGGUCACUGCUUAAAGUGAAUUAUAAGAGUAAAAACCAUCAAAUUAGAACUCAUUGUAUAGUUCAGAAAAUUGAUUUUGUAUUUAAAAGAGAUUUCUUAUUUACAGUUGUAGUUGAAAAAACUUUUUUUUGCCUCAUUUAAGGAAGUUAGCUUUCUUGCCUUUAACCAAACUCCAUCAGGAUAGAAAGAGAAUUUCUGUAAAAGAAGAGAUACUAGGAGUUCCUAAAGUUUAUCUGGCAUAUGGGUAGGAUUAUAUUCAAAACGUCUUGGUUGUAUGGUUAUAAAUUCCAAAUGGAAUCACUAAGUAAUUUUACUGUUUCCAAUUCUGAGUGUAGCUGGCUAUCAAACAGAAGAUAAAGCUGUUCAAGGAAAGAAGCAAUAGACAAGUUUAAGGUUAUACCAAAAUAAAACUACAUCUCAGAAGUCCUCACCAUUCCUCCCUAGUCCACAUCACUGCCAAGUACUGAGUGAAACUUGACGUUUCUUACCCUCAACAGUGGCACUGCUGGGCUUUCGCGUGCGCGUGCUCGUGCGCAUGCGCACGUGCUUUGCUAUCUCUGUGGCAAAGCAGAUUCCUUAAGAAUGUUCAGAAUGAGGAAAGAUUCUAAUUUUACUUUUCCCCAUAUAUUUCUCUCCUUAUAGAGCUGUACAUUAAAUGCUAAAUACAUAUUAACUGAAAAAAAGACUAUCAAUACUGAGAGUUUGCAGGGAAUAUCUGAGAAUGUCGGCCUAGGCAAGGCAACCCUUUCCAGACCUAAAUUAACUUUUGGGCAUUAACUCCCAUUUGGUAAAGGUGACACUCACCAGCAAAAGCCUUGUAACAGCCUCUGGAAGGAGAUCCUCUUGCCUAACACUGGUGCCAUCGUUCCCUGGCAAUGUGCUCUAGUGACGGGGGACUAUUACUUUUGCCCUGGCAGCUCUUGGUUGGCUAAGCCUUCUCUUUUAAGUAUCAAGUCCUAUCAAGGUACAUCUCAACUAAAUUUGGACUUUAUUCCUUUCAUCUCCUCUUGCUUGGGACAAUAGUGUAAUGAAUCUAUCAUUGGGUCGGAGUAUGUUAUUUCUUUAUUGGCUUACUAAGAGACAUUUUCCUGUAUGCUAUUGGCUUGUGAAAUUAUUAUAACUCCCAUAGCAAAGCCGUGUUAAAAUAAACUACUGUCAAAGACAAA